AUGGAAAAGGGACAGCUACUCCAGAAUAUCUUGCCCUCUGCAAACAGCACUGAGCCUUCAGACAACAUCCUCGAACGCCUUGGAAAGCUCAAAGUGCCCAGCAAGGUGAAGCCGCGAGGUCGACCCAAAGGAGCGGAGAAGACCGUCAUUGGGCUUCCACGACGGCGACAGGGGCCCCAGAAAUCGGCAGCAAAACUGCAACCAUUUCGUCACCUGCCUCCCAAGGAAAAGGAACUCCGGAUCCUACGUUGCAUAGUUUCUCAGGGCCUGCAAAGGGAGGUUCAGCAGAGAAAAAUGCUUCUUGAUGUAGUACGGAGGUAUCUGAUAUCACCUAUAUGGCUGCUACUCCAGCUACAUUCUGUGGAAACCAUCCCAUCGAGGAUUCCCGAGACAAUCCUCGACGAGGACGUUGAUCUUAGAUGCGUGCAGCAGUACUUUACUGAAGACGGCUGGGCAGCUGUUCUGGCAAGGGUAAAGGUGAAGAAGCAAACCAUGAAGUGGAAAUGCAACUAAUGUCGGGAAUUGUUAAAAGAGGACCCAUCUGUGAUUUGCGACUUAUGUUUGUGUUGGUUUCACCAAGUCUGUGUUUCCUUGACCAGCCGAAAUAGGAACAGUUCCUGGUUUUGUGCGAAGUGCAUAGCAGCGGGCCCAAAUGUGAGAGUUGCUCUGUGAGCGCAACAUAAUAAACUUUUCUUGUUCUUAUAACGAGUUUGUCAUAAAAAUGCACACGACAAGCUGCAUGGCUGUGCGCACUAC